UCCACUCUUUUGCAGGUUAAACAUGGCUGCGCUCUUAAGAUCUAUUCGGCUGCUGAAACUCUCACCUUCUCCUUUGCUACGAGUAAAGAGAAACAGUCAUGGACCUCCGAUUAAUCGCUUAUACAGUAGAGCGGUCGGCGGGAGAGGAGUCGAAGCUUGUCCGAGACAAAUCGCGUUAAGAUGUGCGGGUGCGAGCAGGUCUGCAUGGUCCUCUCUGGGUCUGCGGUGUUUCAGUGCAGCCGUUGAGAGGAAAGAUGAACCUAGUAUCGCUUUACGCACCAAGCAGGCCCAGCAGUUCGACUGGGCUCUUGCUAAACUAGACAGCUCGGUCAGACGGACCGGUCGAGUCACCAAAACACUGAUUCAGCGCAUAUUUCAUGACAUCUGUCGAACAGGAUACCCCAGUAGCAAUCAGGCCCUGCUGCUGCUGAGGAGCUGUGGCUCACUGCUGCCCGAGAUGCCCCUUGAAGAGCGCAGUCAGCUGGCCCACCGCAUCUGGGAGAAGCUACAGGAGUUGGGUGCCACGUACGAUGUAAGCCAUUAUAACGCGCUGCUUAAAGUCUACCUGCAGAAUGAGUUCAACUUCUCGCCCACUGAUUUUCUUGGCAAGAUGGAAGCGGCCAAUGUGCAGCCCAACAGAGUGACGUAUCAGAGACUGAUUGCAGCGUACUGUCAAAAUGGUGACAUUGAAGGCGCGAGUAAAAUUUUGGGCUUCAUGAAGAGCAAAGACUUGCCCAUCACCGAGGCAGUGUUCAACUCUUUGGUGACGGGCCACAGCCGAGCCGGAGACAUGGAGAGUGCAGAGAACAUCCUGUCUGUCAUGAGAGGGGCGGGUAUUGAGCCAGGCCCAGACACUUACCUCGCUUUACUCGUGGCUUAUGCUGAAGUGGGAAACAUGACCAAAAUCAAGGAGACUCUGAACACAGCGCAGAGCAAAGAUGCCAAUCUGAUGGACCGAGACCUGAUGCAGGUGGUGUUCAGUCUGGCUAAAGCUGGCCAUCAGCAGUACGUGCCUGAAAUAGUGGAGUGCAUGCGGCAUGAGCGAGGCUACGUGCCAGAUGCAAUGAACCUGUGUUUGAGCCUGACCACGCAGGGCCUCGAAGACACUGCAUUUACUGUGCUGAAAACCUUCCCUGGUCUACACACAGAGUUACAAGACGGUGAAACUCUAAACAUGGGCAACUUCUUCCUCCGUCACUGUGUGAAUAUGAAUAAGUGCCCUGAGAAGUUGGUCAAUUUCUGCACACAACUGAAGGCUUCCAACCUGCACUCUUCACCACUGCAGUUCACACUGUAUUGUGCUCUGGAGUCCAAGAACACAGCUAUGGCAGUAGAGGUGAUGAAGAAGAUGAAGGAGGAAGGACUUCCCAUAAGGCCUCACUACUUCUGGCCCCUUUUAACCAAGCAUCAGAAAGACAGAGACACAGCAGGUACUCUGGAGGUGCUGAAGGCCAUGCAAGAUCUGAACGUUCACCUUGACGUUGACACUUACUCCACCUACGUGCUGCCUACUUUCUCCUCAGUGGACAGCGCCCGUGUUGCUCUUCAGGACGCUGGCUGUGCGGUCGACACUGACGACUUCGUUGCAGCAGAAGUGCGAACAGUGGCAGCGAGUGGAAGACUUGCAGAACUCUACUCUCUGUUGUCUUCACCCUCGUUUCCAGCUGUUUCCCUUAGCUCUUUCAGAGGAAGCCUGAUCAGUGGCUUUAGGGGGUCGAAAGAUGUGGAGAGCAUGGCCAAGAUCACAGAGCUGCUUUAUAAAGAUAGCCGCUUUGCUCAGGCUGACGCAGACCGAGCAGAAACCACGGCCUACUUCCUCUUUAACCUGUUUGAUGGAAUGACGGAGACUGAGGUGCAGGCCAAAGAGGAGGUGUUGAGAGAAUACCUCAAUCAGCUCAGCAAAAUGAACAUCAUCAUUCAUGUGAACAUCUACAGAGGAAUCAGGAACAUCCUCAACUCAUACCACGUGCCAGAGCUAAUUAAGGACGUUCUUGCUAUCGUGGACAGACAAACAAGAGAAGACGAUGGCACUGAGUCGAAGGUUUUUGAAGGGAAACUAGCCAUUCAGGAAAGAAGGCUGGAGGAGUUGAAAUCCAAGGGGAAGCCGGUUGGAAAUGUGUUCAGGCAGCUCAUCGCUGCCGUGUGUGCUGAGGAGAACCUGGCCCAUGCUCUGGAGCUGAAAGCUCAGUAUGAGAAUGAAAUGACUGCCAGUUGCUACGCCCUGCUCAUCAACCUGUGCUGUCGUCACGACAACCCGGAUGAAGCACUUAACUUGAAGAGAGAGCUAGCCCGCAAGGACUCCGAGGUCACGCUGGAUGCCAACAAAUACAUGAGCUUGGUCAGGGUGCUGUCCAAACAUGGCAGGGUUGAAGAGGCAGUGGACAUCCUGAAAGAGAUGAAAGAGAAGAAUGUGUCUAUAUUGGACACCACGACCACCAGGUUGUUCCACACACUCAACACAGCCGCUCUAAAGGGGGACAUCGCCACCAUCCGACGCCUGCAGGACACAGUGUUCACCUUAGGCCUGGUCAAACCCACCAGCAACCUCUGUUCACCACUGGUUUCUGCUUACCUGGAGAGUGGGGAUGUGAUUGGAGCUCUGGAGGCUAGCAUGGAGUGCCAAAAGCAGUACAACCAAAUGCCCCGGAUUCAUGACGUCAUCUGUCGCCUAGUGGAGAAAGGAGAGACUGAGCCACUGCAAAAAGCUAUGGAUUUUGUGAGCCAGGAGCGUGGUGAGAUGAUGAUGCUGUACGACCUUUACUUCGCUUUCUUGCAGACGGGCCGCUACAAGGAGGCACGCAAAAUCCUUGAGACCCCUGGUUUAAGGGCAAGAGCUGGUCGACUACAGUGGUUUGCAGAGAAGUGCAUUGCAUCUCAGCAGAUGGAGCCUCUUGAAAGCAUGGUGGAUAUGACUGCAAAGCUUUUUGAAUGUGACAGAGACGAAAUGUACCACUACAUGCUGCGCCUCUGCAAGGACAUAAAUGACUGGCAAAAGGCAGAAGCUUGCUGGACUAAGAUGCAGGACGAGAAUGUGAUUCCCAGAGAAAGAACCCUGCGCCUUCUUGCUGACAUCCUCAAGAGCAACAACCAGGAGGUGCCCUUUGACAUGCCGGAGAUGUGGUACGAGCGACCUGAAUCCGACCUGAAUCCGAGGAGCAUUCUGAGGACGCCAAGGAGGAGAACCAAACCCCAUGAUUAUCACCUCACUGUUAUGACUCUGAGCAAAAAAGGGAAAGUUGAAGAGGCCUUUAAGGUGGUGAAGGAGACGCACAGGAAGGGUCUGGCUCUGGGAGCUGGUUCAUAUGACAUCCUCAUCAGGGCCCUGUUGGCCAGAGGAAACCUGAAGGAUGCCAUGGAAAUAAAAUACAUUGCUUCCAAACACAUUGAAGGAUUCAAGCUGAGCGAAAUGGCCAACAACCUCCAUAUAGUCACACUGGUAAAGCAAGGAGACAUUAAAGGAGCCAUGGCUAGUCUAAAGGACAUGCUACAGACUGACCAGGUGCCCUCCCAUCUGGCCAUUACUCGAUUGGUCCAGGGCCUGGGUAACCACGGAGACAUAGAGGGCAUCCAGGAAGUGGAGAGCUUGGUUAAGAAUUUAGGGCCCUCUGUCAACCUAUCCUACGUGCUGUUUGCGAACAACAAGGCUAUGGCUCAUAUCAAAAAUGGGGACAUCGACAGUGCAGUGGAAGGGCUUGAGGCUUUGUAUACCCAAAACUCAGACGGUCCGCAAAAAAGUAUUGCCUUUGUCUUCCGUAAAGUCCUCGAAGCCAACAACGGUGAUGCACUUGAUAAAUUGAGUGCCAUGGCGGAGCGGCUGUGUAAUCACUUUGCCACCUACCGACCUGCAACAGACCUCUUCCUGCAGUACUUGGACAUGGGCAGGAUAGAGGACGCCAGGUUCCUGCUGCAGCGAUGUUCAGCAGUGGCUGAGCAGAAGGAGAUAAUGGUGGCUUACAUGAGCAAAGUUUCUCAGGAGCCAGGGCAGACUCCCAAGAUAACGAAUCUGGUCGAACUCAUCCCAGACUUGGACAAGGAGAAAGUGUGCACCUUCCUGUUGAAAUGCUAUAGUGUGGAUAAAGACCUGACCUCAGCCAAGGCUCUUUAUCAGCAGAUGCAGGACGAAGGGCUGCAGGUGAACGAGCUGUCUCUCAAGAGACUGGCGCUGCUGUACAAGAACGCCGGAGAGGCUGUGCCCUUCGAAGAGCCUCCAGAGACAUUCAAGUUCUAUGCAGACAAGCUGAAGGCCUUGCAGGCCCAGAGUUCAACAGAUAACUAGAUUCCCAAUCAUUAUUCUUUUGUCUCUUUAAUUAUUAUUAUUUUUUUUAUAUGUAAGCCCAGAUCCUCUAAUGUUGUGAAGUCAGUGAUGCGUGGUAAACUCUUGCUCAUUACAGUUGCAUUGAAAACAAAUAAUGCCAUGUACAGAAGUAUUUAUGCUAAUAAAUGUGUUACAAAUGUUUA